AUGAAUGUAUUAAUGAUACAGGUGUAUGAUUUUGAAAAAGCAUAUUUGCAGCGUCCGGAAGUACCAAUGACACGUCCAAAGUUUCGCGUAACGCACUGUGAAUCGUCUCGCAGCCUGCAACGAUCACUUUCGUUGAACGAUGAAGACACGUUGAGGAUGAGCUGUCUCGAUGACACUGCCACUGCUUCUACUUCAUUAAGCACGGAUAUCAGAAGCCCGUUCCGAUCGACCGUUAUGCAGCAUUUAACUGCUCCUGAAUUGUCCUCUCUCUCGAAUCAUACUGGCUGGUUGAAACAAUGUGAACAAGAGUCAGAGGCGUAUGAAGAAGAUUCCGAGGAAUUCAAAUGGCUGUUACUGCAGCACAGGAAGCAACGGAGCUUCGGGAGUUGUGGAGAAGUGAAAUGCAAUUAUCGAUCGAAGGAUGAGGAACGGAGGACCGAGGUCGCAGUGCUCAAAGGCACUGCAGUGGGAAACGCUUCAUUGGUACCUCUGCUGCUGUGCGUGGUACUAAUAUUUUUUAUGCUGACAACCGUACUGCUUGUUACAGUUAUAUUUUUAAGUACAAGGUCAGUGAAAACGGCAACGAAUUCAGUUGGUGAUUCAAGAUGGAGCUCGCCCAUCAAUGCAUCAUCGUUUUAUGCUCAAAAAAUGUGGCAAAAUUUGCAUGAGGUAAUAUUCAGUGCACGUUUUUGCAUAUUUAUGCAACGAUCCAUGUGUGGGCAGGCAUAUUGUGAUGAUCCACAUGUGUAUGCAGGCAUGUUUGUGUGUGUGUGUGUGUGUGUGUGUAUGUUUGUGUGUACAUAUGUAUGUCUGCCCCGGCAUUUCAAAUCGUCAGGCAAGUAG